AUGAACUUUCUCUCCGUACUACUCAUUUGCUUGGCUUCAGUUGCUAGUGGCAACAAAGCCAAUAAGCACAAGCCGUGGAUCGAGACGGAAUAUCAGGGCAUCGUCAUGGAGAACGACAACACAGUACUGCUCAACCCUCCGCUGUUCGCUCUGGACAAGGACGCACCACUGCACUACGCUGGUGAGAUCUGUGGCUUCAAAGUGCACAAUGGUCCGUCGGGGCCUGGGACUGUCCAGUUUGAGGCAGUGGUCUUGGACCGGUCCACUGGGGAGGGUCUGGUCCGGUCCAAAGAGCCGCUGGACUGUGAGAGCCAGCGCGAGCACAGCUUUACCAUCCAGGCCUACGACUGCGGAGAGGGGCCCGACGGAGUCAACAGCAAGAAGUCCCACAAAGCGACCGUGCAUGUGCGUGUGAAUGACGUGAACGAGUUUUCCCCGGUGUUUGUGGAGCGGCGCUACGAGGCGUCUGUCCCAGAAAGCCGUUUGUUUGAGCGGAUCGUCCGCGUGGAGGCUCUGGACGCAGACUGCUCCCCACAGUACAGUCAGAUCUGCUUCUACGACAUCAUCACUCCCAACGUGCCUUUCGCCAUUGACAACGACGGUAACAUCAAAAACACAGAGCCCUUGGACUCAAAGCGGCAGCGUGUUCACACUUUCUGGGUGACUGCCUUCGAUUGUGGGAAGAACCGCGCUCAAGCCGACGCGCAGGUGGUGGUCACGGUCAAGCCGUCCUGCAAACCGGGAUGGAUCGGUUGGACAAAGCGUGUGGAGUACACCCCUGGGUCUGGAAGCAUCCCCUUGUUCCCCAGCCUGCACCUGGAGACCUGCGAGGAGACUGUGUGGAACAUCCAGGCCACCGUAGAGCUGCAGACUGGACACAUCGGCAAAGGCUGUGACCGCGACAGUUACUCUGACCGCUCAGUGCGCCGCCUCUGUGGUGCUGUGCGGGGUGAGGUGGACCUCUUGCCCCCUCCGUCACCUGCUGCUAACUGGACGUCCGCUCUGCCCACGCUGCCCUCUUCGGACUCCUCUCUGGUCUUCUCCUUUAAUGGUUCCAGUCAUGUGGCCGUGGUCCCAGAUGCAGUGGUCUCCAGUCUGUCUGGGGACCACUUCACUCUGCAGCUGUGGAUGAGACGAGGAGGCGCCAACAUCCAGUCCUCGUCCCAAAGCAGAGGCAGUCGGCGCGAGGAGGAGACCAUCGUCUGCAGCACGGUCAAGAACGAUGACUCCUUCUCCCACUACUCUCUGUCGGUGCACGGCUGCCGGCUCUCGCUCUUCUACUGGCCGGAUGUGUCUGCGGCGCGUCCCGUCAAGUUCCUCUGGAAACUGGAGCAGGUGUGCGACAGCGAGUGGCAUCAUCUCUCCCUCAGCGUCCAGUUUCCCUCCGUCACUCUGUACGUGGACGGCGUAACCUUUGACCCCGCCCUCAUCCAUGACAACGGCGCCAUUCCAAACCCUGCCCCUCGACAACGCAUGUCCAUCGGCGCCUGCUGGGAGCCUGAGGAAGAGACACGUGAGAUCUUCAACAACACAGUCCCAGAAGUGAAGUACGUGGGCGGGUAUCAUGGCCUGUUGUCGGGGGUGACGGUGCGUCCGGGCAGCGUGGAGCCUCACAGUGUGGUGGAGUGUCUGUACGCCUGCAGAGAGGGCCUGGACUUUGGAGACCUGGAGACCCUGGGCUCCGGGAUGAAGGUGCACGUGAACCCGAGUCAGUCUGUUCUGGUUUUGGAGGGAGAUGACAUCGAGAGCUUUAACCGCGCAGUGCAGCAGGUCACCUACAGGAACUCUCUCCGCUUUGCCACGCCUGGAGUGCGGCCUCUCAAACUCACCACCUCACUCAGAUGCUUCAAUGAGGAGAGCUGCCUGUCCCUGAAGCAGCUGGAGGGGUACCUGGUGGUGCUGCAGCCCGACGCCCCUCAGAUCUCACUGUCAGGGGUCGGGCCACACCUCGCUCGUCCCGCCCCUGAGUUUGAGAGCCCCCGCGGCGUCCCCCUGUUCCCCGAGCUGAGAAUCGUCUGCUCUCUGUCACACGCCGUCAACACCGCAGCACAAGGGAUGGAGGGAGGAGCCCUGAUGUCGGACGCCGUCGCCCACACGCUGGACGGGUGUGAGGUGCAGCCGCUGGGUGAGGAGCUGAACGCCGAGAGGGAGGAGCUUCUGGUGGACAUGGAUGUGGUGCGUGAGCGAGGCCUGGAGAUCAUCAACACCACUGCCUACAUCGCAAUCACAGGAGCUGAGUCCAUCUCUGUGUAUGAGGACGUCCUCCGCUCAGUCCGCUACCGUCUGGCCAAAGGCUCAGCGCGCUUUGAGAGGCGCUUCCGUUUGUCCUGCUCUGAGAUGAACGGCCGAUACACGAGCAAUGAGCUGACUUUGGAGGUGAACUUCCUCCACUCCCUGGACAGCCUGUACCACCCCUCUCACCUCCUCGCCUCACAGCAGCAGUUUCUCCAUCCGUCACAUCACGCAGGGGAACUGAGCGGGCACACUUUGCCCAAUCCACACCGCAACUCAGUGGUACCAGGAGCAGCCACCGUCAUCAUCAUGGUGUGUGUGGGCUUCCUGGUCGUCAUGGUGAUCUUGGGCGUGUUCCGAAUCCGCUCCAUCCAUCGCCGCAGUGAAGGUAGCAGAGGCGGAGCCAAAGAGGGAGGCAACCAAUGGGAUGAUUCCGCACUCACCAUCAUAGUCAACCCCAUGGAGUCGUACGAGUCUCGCCUGGGCACAGAAGGGGAGGAAGAGGAGGAGGAGGAGGCCCCAGAGUCUCCGGAUGAGGGCAGCGAUGAUCAGAGAGUCAUCAUCAAGAAGGAGGCCAGAGACAGCAACGCUCGCCGCUACUAA